AAUAAUAUAACCUAUUUUCUCUUAAUUUUGUUCAAUUCCCAUGAUUAAUGGACUCCCACAAAUUUCUCUAAUUCUCACCUCUCUACCCUCAAACCCAAAUCACAUCUUCCAUCAUUCAUUCCCAUUUCUUGAAUUACCAAAACAUUUUCUUGAAAAUAUAUUUAAUUAACCCAAAAAAAAAAAUCCGGCCGGAGGGUUCCGUUACUAGCAAAAAUCCCUUGCGAUAUAUGAAGAUGGCAUGGGCUGCUGCCGCCUUGGUGGUGGCGGCGGCGGUGCAGUUGAUGGCGGCGGCGGAUGGGAUGGGUGUGAAUUGGGGAACACAAGCUUCUCAAAAUCUCCACCCAUCCAUCAUUGUCCAAAUGCUCAAAGACAACAACAUUAAUAAGAUCAAAUUGUUCGAUUCCGAUUCGUGGGUUGUCAAAUACUUCGCGGGAACCGGAAUCGACGUGAUGCUUGGUAUACCCAAUAAUCAGUUGGCUUCGUUGGCUAAAGACUACGAUAAUGCCAAGGAUUGGGUCAAACAAAAUCUUACCAAACAUUUGUAUGAUGGUGGUGUCAAUAUUAGGUACGUAGCUGUGGGAAACGAGCCGUUCUUGAAAUCCUACAACGGUUCGAACCUUGCGACCACUUUCCCGGCGUUGAAAAACAUCCAAAGGGCAAUAAACGAGCACGGCCUCGGCGACAAAGUCAAAGCAACCAUCCCACAAAACGCCGACGUAUACGACUCCGGCACCGACGGCCCGUCCGCCGGAAACUUCCGCUCCGACAUACGUGAUCUCAUGACACAGAUAGUCUCAUUCUUCCAAGAAAACGGGUCCCCCUUCUUGGUCAACAUCUACCCUUUCCUCAGUCUUUAUGGGAACCCGGAUUUCCCCGUCGAGUUCGCCUUCUUCGACGGUGGUGCCGCCCCGGUGGUCGACGGCGGAAUCAGCUACACGAACAUGUUGGACGCGAAUUUGGACACGCUCGUUUGGUCGCUGAAGAAGGCCGGGGCGACGGGGGUUAAAGUCAUUAUCGGAGAAAUCGGGUGGCCGACGGACGGUGACGGGAGCGCCACCGUAGAUCUGGCGAAGAGAUUCUACGAUGGGUUGUUCAAGAAGAUGGCGACGAAGAAAGGGACGCCGCUUUAUCAGGAAGAUAUUGAGUAUUACCUUUUUAGCCUUACUGAUGAGAACCAGAAAAGCGUCGCCCCGGGGGAUUUCGAGCGGCAUUGGGGGGUGUUUCAGUACGACGGCAAACCCAAGUUUCCGAUGGAUUUCAAAGGAACCGGGAACGACAAGAUGCCGAUAGCCGCAAAGAACGUGCCGUACAUGGAAUCAAAAUGGUGUGUUUACAACACCGACGUCAAGAACUUGGACAAGCUCCCCGGCAACAUGGACUACGCAUGCUCGAGGGCCGACUGCACGUCCCUCAACCACGUGGGCCCAUGCAGCAAAUUGGAUCAGGCUUCCAGGAUUUCGUACGCCUUCAACAUUUUUUUCCAGAUGAACGCUCAAGAUGUGGAAUCGUGCGAAUUCGACGGAAUGGCCCGGAUCGUGGAAGCGAACGCGUCCACGGGCAAUUGCCUCUUCCCACUGGCACUGGAGGACAGUGCUGGAUGGAAGCUCGGGGCGCGAGUUUGGCCCGCCACCGUACUUUUCGGGUUGGCCUUAUUGUCAGUGUUCUAGGUUUACAUUAAUAGUUUAUAGAUACUACACUGGGUGAAAUGCACUGUACUGUAUUACACUACGCUCCCUUCAAAGAUAAGAUGAAUCGCUAAUUAGCCUGUCUAUAUAAUUGUAGAGGUGUGCCCCAACAUGUCAGUUAGAUUUACUCACAAACGCACACAUACAUGUGUAUGUGUGUAAAAUCGGUAUUUAACAGUACGCGUGUAUGGUGGAAUCUUAUCCGGUGAAGUUCAUUGGAUGUAGUAUCAAAUAAACCGUACAGUAAUGUAUGCUACA